AUGCCUCUCUACAGUGAUGCUGAUGUGUCGGGGCUGAGGCGCAUUCUGGAAGCGCUGAGCCGUCAGCCUGGCGACAUUCAUCUUUCUGAGCUUGCUGAACUCAAGGCGUGGGCGACAGCAGCUGGGGCCUCUUUUCCUGCAGCUGCCGUCCCUACGGUCCCGGUUGAGGCGGCCACACUCGAGCAAGAUGACAAGAGUGACUCCGAUGAGGAGCAUUGGACGCUGGUUGAUGAGGAUCCGGAGGAGAUCCCUGCGAAGUACAGCGAGCCGUCGGAUGCAGACGUCGAUGCUGCCGUCUCCGCAAAGGGUGAGGCCGUGGAGCUGCACGCCGACGGCAAGCUGGCGGAGGCGAUCACUAAAAUGAGCGAGGCGUUGGCGCACAACCCCAGCAACGCCAUGUACUGGGGGUUACGCGCACUGUACCAUCUCGAAUUUAACAAGCCACGCGCAGCCCUGCACGAUGCCAACAAGACCCUCGAGCUCAACUCGCAAAACGUGCGCGCGUUGCGUGUGCGCGGCACCGUAAACCGCCACCUCGGUCACUGGGAGGACUCUCUGAAGGAUCUCAGCGCUGCUCAAGCGAUCGACUACGAUGAAAAGACCAACGAAACGCUCAAGUUUGUCCAGUUCCGUGCCAUGCAGCGCCACAAGCGGGAGCUGGCACGGCAGCACGCUGAGGAAGCUGCGGUUGCGAGGCGGCAAGAGGAGCUGCGCCGUCAGCGCCAGAGGGAGGCGGCCGAGGAGGCUGCAGCGACUGCAGAAGCGCAGGCGGCAUCGGGUGGUAUGCCCGGUGGCAUGCCCGGAGGGUUCCCUGGUGGCAUGCCUGGCGGGUUCCCUGGUGGCAUGCCUGGCGGGAUGCCGCCCGGUAUGGAGUCCGUCCUUCAGGAUCCCGAUAUCAUCGCUGCCAUGCAGGACCCCGAGGUGGCGCCGAAACUGACUCAGAUGAUGCAGAACCCCAUGGCCGCGAUGAGCAUGAUGAAUGACCCCAAGGUGGGUCCUGUCAUGCAGAAGAUCAUGGCGAAGAUGAUGGGUGGCGGUGGUAUGCCAGGCGGCAUGGGUGGUAUGGGUGGCUUUCCGGGCGCUAGCGGCAUGCCUCCUCGCGGUGGUGCUGCUUCUGGCGGCACGUCUCGUUCUACUACGAAGGACGAUCUCGACUGA